UCUCCUUAAAAUCGAUUUUUCCGUUUUGUUGGUAAACAAGGAAGACGUAUCUGUGUAAGCCCGUACCUUGCGGUGGGCCGGAUCCUCUAUAUCCCGCGAUUACUUCGCCAUUUUCAACAUCUCCUCCUUUUACAUUCCCUACAAGCCAGUGCAACACUUCUCUGAGUUUGGGGUCUUCUCUGCUGGGUUCAACUUACCAACCAUCGCGACCGUGUAGAAAGUAUUGGGAUCAGCCGUCCAGUUAACAGUAAUAGGCUCAUCUUUCACCUGAGUCGGGGUUAAUUCAUUUCCAAGUUCAACACUUGCUCCGCUGGGAUAAAUCACCUAUAAUAAGCCCGAUUAUCGACCAAGUAUAAUUGUAACGCAAUUAGUUAGAUUACAGAGGAACAUGACGAGCUAAGCAUAUUAAAAAAUGAAACGUAAAUCCGUUAAUAACUGUUAUUAUUAUUAUUAACAUGUAGUUAUUUAACCUCUAAAUUGUGCAUUGUGGUUAAAAUUUUGUAGUAUUCCAAUAGUAUUCGAAUGAAAUGGAACGCCUUCCGGACAUUUCUCGUUUGAUUUUCGCAAUUAGUGCAUUCACAAUCAUCUGCGCGAAUCCGAUAACGGUGAGCAUCGAUAAUCCGAAUUCCCUUACGAAAGUAACCACGAAAAACGUCACUCGUCCGAAAAUCGACGUAAAAAUUUUGGGCAAGCCGCACCAUUUGUUCAUCGGAAGAUGCAGCCCGAAGGACGAGAUCCUCCACGAGGAGCACAUCGUUCUCACUAACGACGGCAAAAGCCACGUGUCUGCGAACAUUCGGAUGAACAUCGAAGGCCCGGUGAAUAUAACCUGCGUGAAUGUCUACGAUGAGAUGCCCAACGGCGAGGGCGGGUAUCCCAGUUUCGCUGCAGGAGGCGUCGGGCACGACUUCGUUGAAUUUAAUGUUAUGACUAACUACGGGAAAGGAUUUCACUUUUACACCAGAGUUCAAGGGUAUACGAAAAAAGAUAUCGUGUAA